AUGAGGGUGAAUACACCAAAUCCCUUUAAGAAGUUUUACCAUGACAAAGGAUUGCUACUGGAGGUUGAACAUAAUGGCUUAGUAAACUCUACCUAUACAAAUGAGAGCCAUGCACUAAACACAAACCAAAAAUACAGGUUCUUAAAAACUAGUGCAUUUAUUACCUUAAUAUUAGGAGUAUGUAGUUUAUCUGGAAUCUCACUACUGUAUUAUUUUUUUUGGAACUUUAAUUUUGAGCUCGAGUAUAUUAAUCUAUUUUUAAAUUUCCACAGCAGCUCUAAAUAUCCAAUGUUAAAUAGAAAAAUUAGUCUAAACAAAUUUUAUGAGUGGGUAUCUUUGGGUUUAACUGGUUCAAUUACAUUUCUUAAAAUGUUGCUUCAGUAUCUGGAUAUAUUCAUACAUUCCACUACACUCUAUCCCAUUAAAUUAGAAAUAAAAGUCGUGCAAACACUUCAAAGUGCUCUAAAAUCAAAAGAUAUUUUUUUUAUGAGUGCAAAAAAUCUCUUUACUUAUAUAAAUAUCAAUCUUUACCUUGUACUUAAAAGAUCCUUUAGGAGAUUUUUUGGGCGCAAAGAGUUGCAAGCUAUACUCAACCACUUUUAUAAUAUUAAAGAAACUUUAUCUGAAAAUAUUUUAAUAAACUUCAUCUUAUAUAUUUACUUUACUCUUGUAGUACUUUCUCUUGCUAAUUUUUCUAUCGCUACUAUUUUAUGGAAUGGUUUAUUUAGGUAUCUUGGAAUAUCCUCAUUCUUCUGCUUCAGAAUAGCAGCUAUAAUUUCAAUUCCAUUAGUCACUUUGUUCUUUUUACCAGAGUUCUAUAUUGCACUUCCUGAUGCGUUUAGUGGCUUCUUUAGAAAUAUUAAUACGAAAUGUAGUGCUUUAACUCAAAUUAGCAAUGGUCUUAUGGAAAUACCAAUGAUAUCAGAAAAUUGGUGGCAUUCAGGGAAUUUACACAGUGUAUUUAAAGGUGUUGACAUUAUUAACAAAAUUAGAGAAGAUCCUAUAUCUCCUAAUGGUAUAUUUGUCACUAGCUUAAUAAAUGAUUAUACUUUGCAAGAUAAAAGUGUUUGGGAUAAAAAGGUUUUCUUAGACAACUUUUGUCUCUUAUUAAUAAAUUAUAAAAAUUUCAGUACAAUUAGUAUUUACACAAGGGUUACUUUGGCUUUAGUUUCUAUUUUUUUUUUAGCUUUCCUUCUUUUUAGUGAGAAGCGUGAAAAGCAAUAUCACAACAUGAGCCCAAAGCUGCCAAUAUAUGUAUAUAGGUACCUCUUAUCAAGAGCAGCUGCUACUUAUCUACUGUAUUUCACGCAGGAUUAUUAUGAAAUGGACCAUCUCAGUAAUUUCCUCCCAUUUGUGUUGUAUUUUAUAUCGAAACUCACAUUAUAUCAUUGCAAAAUUUUACAAAUUAUACUUGAAUAUCUUGUAUGGAGUAGAGACGUGUCUAAGUUAAAAUCAAACUCACAGGAAUUACUAAGAAAGAGCGAGAAAAUAUCCCAGGACUCUUUAGAGGAAAAUUCAUGCAAAAAAUUAGGGGCAAGAAGUUUAAGAACACAAAAGGUUAACUUAAUUUUAAGGUCUGUUCGGAAUAAGACUACAAUUGGAAAUCAGAAUAAAAAACAAAAAGAAUUUAUCAAACUGGCAAGUAUCAUGAGCUUAAAACGAAGUACCAACAAUGCACCUAAAAACAAAAUAUUCCAUUAUCUUAUAAAAAUAUUUAGAGUUACUUUGCAUUAUUCUCAAAUGAUGACACUUUUCAACGUUUCGGUUAAAUUCUCUAAAAGAUCGAGUUUAAUAUUAUAUAAUAUAAUAAAAAUAUUAAUAUUUGAUCCAUUAGAGUCACUUUUUUGGUAUUUCUAUGAAAGACAAUAUAGAGGUUUGAUACUAGAUGCCUUGUCACACCACAACUUGGAUGAAUUCCUCAGAAGAAAAAAAGUGAGCUUAAACAUACUAGAGGAGUUACUAAAAAGCAUGACACUAUGCUAUUCAAAUGUUGGGAAUAUAACAGUUAUCCGCAGUAUUACUAUAAGUAGAGCAAAUUUGCUACAUGAACUGAAAUGGGUUAUGAAGGUCUUCCCUAAUGAGAGACAAUUCAGAAAGUUGAAGGAAAAUUGUAAUAGGAAUCUUAGUGAUAUAGAGAAAAAGUUACUACCAUUUGCAGAUAUUCCCUCUAUACAUAAUAGAAUUUAUAUGGAAAUACAAUAUUAUAUUUUAGAUUUAUCAAUUGAGUCAUUAUUAACCUAUUGUGAAAGGAUCAUUUUGGCUUGCAAAGCAUUAAAUAACUCUGAAGGUCUUAUUGAGUUAUUGUCACUAUUAAAUAAAGAAAAGUUGUCAGAAUAUAAUAUAUUUCAUGAGAAACUUAGAAGUAGUGAUAUAAAUAAAAUUACUAAUGACUUGUUCAACUUAACUAAGAGAAAAGGAUCAGCUAAUGUAUGGGAACAAUAUUCGACAAUUUCCGGUAUACUACUCAAAACUGAAAAGGAGCUAAAAGGAGUACUUCAACCAAUAGAGUAUAUUGAACCAACUCUUAUUUUUAAACAAUGGGAAAUGAUAAAAUUGAGUUUGAAAAGUAUAAAAAGUGAGAUUACACAAAACCGAAAUUCCUACGAAGAUAUGUAUAUGAAUGGAUUUUCACUACAUACAGUGCAAAUGGUUUUACACCACCAAAAUUAUGCAGCAGUAGGAGCUUCAGAGAAAAUUCAAGAAUGUCUAUCAGAGUGUAUUGAAUUAUGCAGGAACUGUGGAACAAUUAUAGAAGAAGAAACUGAUGAGUUCCAAAGGUCUUCAGAAGUACAACUAAAGAUUUUGAGUGAUACUAAAAGUUAUUGUAUAGGAAUUUUGAGAUUAUUAGAUAAUAUGUUAGUUGCUAUGCAAUCAGUUAAUAUUUGUACUAUAAACAUGGAAUCUUCACCUAUAAAGUGCGAGUUCCCUACUUUACAAGCUCACCAUCCUAAAGUUACGACUAACAAACUAGAAAAUCUAUGUAAACUUCAUGGAAGAGGAUUAAGACAAACUUUUACUACUUAUUCUGAUGGGAAUUAUCCACCUAACACAAGUUUAAGCAAUAAUAUCACAAGAAGUACACCUGAGAGGAUUAGUGAUGAUAGCAAAGACACAUUAGGUACAAAGCAGGGUGGAUUAACCAAAAGACGUGAUAUAUUCUCACCAUGUACAGUAAACAAAAGUGAUGCAAAAAGGAGUUUGAAAAAAUCUAUGAUACCAUUAAUUAGUGAUAAUACUGUAAAAUUAGACAAUGAUACUGAUAAGGAGUAUUUGCCAUUUCUAAUAUCUACACCUGAUGAGGUAGUUCGUGAGAUAAUUUAA